AUGUUAACUAGAAAUAUUGAUAUUGAACAGAUUAAAAGUAACAAUGUUAAGUCGUUUUUAGAAGUUCUUGACUCAGUUUGUGGCAAAAAAAUAUUAAUUCUUGACCGUCAUUUGAAUGGAUUGAUUGGAUCUCUUGUUAAGUUUUCAGUACUUCAAGAACAUGGUGUUGAUAAGGUUUUUUGGCUUUCAGAAGAUGUGCCAUCUUCACCAUUUCCAAAGCUCUAUAUAUGUCGUCCAACAAUAGUGAAUAUGCGUAUGAUUAUAGGCCAUGUUCGAGUUGAGCGACAUUUAAAGACGUUUCAUUCAACUUUGUAUUUGGUAUCAAGAAGAACAAAUGUAUGUGAUAAAAUUUUAGAAGAAGAAGGUGUUAUGGGUGAUCUUGUUAUUGAAUCGUUUCCUUUAUUAAUGAUUCCUUUUGAAUCGGAUCUUAUUUCUUUGGAAUUAGAUGACAGUUUUAAAGAAAUUUAUAUGGAUGGAAAUAUUUCAUCUAUUUAUCAUUCGGCGCAUGUUUUGAUGAAAAUUCAGUCAUUAUAUGGGUUGUUUCCUCGUAUUCUGGGUAAAGGUGAUAAAGCAAAACAAUUGAAAGAUCUUUUAUUUCGUCUUCGACAAGAAUAUUCAUUAGAAUAUCCUUCUGAAUCACAACUUCAUAAUCUAAGUACAUUUAUUGAUACUCUUAUUAUUGUUGAUAGAGAAUUGGAUUUUAUAACACCUUUAAUGACUCAAUUAACAUAUGAAGGACUAAUUGAUGAAAUAUAUGGGAUAAAAAAUUCAUAUGCAGAAGUUUCAGCUAGGCUUUUUUCUGAUUUAAAUAUACAAAAUAGCAAUAAUGUUUCUGUCUCUUUUGAUAUAACAGAUGACAACUUUAAACGGAAAAAGAUUUUAUUAAAUUCUUCAGAUAAAAUAUUUAACGCAAUUCGUGAUAAUAAUUUUGCUACUAUUAGCACUCAUUUAAAUAAGAUUGCUAAGCAAUUAUUUAACGAUUAUGAGGGACGCUAUCAAGCCAAAACUGUUUCUCAAAUACGAGAUUUUGUUAGCAAAUUAGGUGGUUUACAAUCAGAUCAUAGAUCAUUAAAAUUUCAUAUAGCUUUGACAGAAGAUAUUAUGAAUAUAACAUCAUCUGAUACGUUUUUAAAAGUACUUGAGGUUCAGCAAAAUUUUAUUUCUGGCAUUAGUAAUUUACAGAAUCCUAUAUUGGAAGAAUUAAUUUCUAAAAAUGUUCCUAUAACUACUGUUUUGCGUUUAUUAUGUCUUGAAAGUGUUAUUUUUGGCGGUAUUCAAUCAAAAGAAUUAGAAAAUUUUAAAAGGGAAUUAAUACAUGCAUAUGGGUAUAAAUGCAUUUUGGCAUUUUCAGUUCUUGAGAGAAUUGGUCUGCUUCGUCCUCGAAUAUCCAAUUCAUAUAAAAUAUAUAAUUCUAUCAGUAAAGCUUUUCGACUAAUUGUUAAUAAUGUUAACGAACAUGAUCCUGAUGAUAUUUCAUAUGUUUAUAGUGGAUUUGCGCCUUUAAGCAUUCGUAUAAUUCAAUCUAUAAUUCAGAAACAUUCAUUAAAAUUAAAUUUUAAAUCAAAAGGUUCAUCAUCUAAUUGGAAUGAAUUUGAGGAUUCUUUAAAGAUGUUGAAAGGAGAACUUUUUGAUGAAGUUCAGAAAGUUGAUGAUAUUAUAAGUUUUAGAAGAUUGUCUAAAAUCCAAGAAAAAAAGACAACGAUUAUUUUUUUUUUAGGAGGAUGUACAUUUACAGAAAUAGCAGCUCUUAGGUUUAUUGCUAAGCAAGAAAACUCUAGAGAAUUUAUUAUUAUUACAACUUCAAUAAUUAAUGGGAACAUCAUUAUAAAUUCUGCAUUGCCAAAUGUGUUUUCAGCUUUUUAAAAUUGUUUUAUAUAUUUAUAUAAUCUUUAUAUUUUGAAAAAUAUAUUACUGUUGAAAUUUAGAUAUAUUUUAAUUUAAGAUUGAGGUUAAAUGGUAUAUUUGGGUCAGUUAUUAAAAUUUCUUCAUCAUUAUGGAUCAAUUCUUCUAAAGAUUUAUUUAAGUUGGGUCUUGUAGCUUUUUCUAAUUGUGGAGGUGUUUGUAAAUAAAGAUUUUUUGAUCCUGUCCUUAAUGAAGGUCUUUUCACAUUUCUAAACUUAGGUUAUAUAUUAGUAUUAUACUUUUUGGAAAUAAUUACGUAUUUGGACUUUCAAUAAGUUUUUCAAUAAAUUCAUUUAAAGUUAUCUUUGGAUCAACUUCAUAUACUAUAGCUAAAUAGCCACAUAUUAGACAAUCCGGCUUCUUUUGAAGUUGAAAUGUAUAUAUAUAAACAGAGUCUGUUCCUGUAUACAUCAUAUAAUUGUUAAUAUAUGGGUUACAUGUUGUUGCAAUUUUAAAUGCUUCAUUACAACAAGACGCUUGUUUAAAAGAAUUGGUUUAACUUAAUGAAUAAAAAUAAUGAUUUACCUGCUAUUAUGGCAUUUGAGCUUGCUACAGUUGGAAUAAUGUUUUUUACAACACUUUCAGUAAAAAAAGGUGUUAUUCCUGUAAUAUUAAAUUGGUUAGCUCUAUUUUUGGCUGUUUCAUAAAUCCAUUUGAUAUGGUCCGAAUUGUCAUUAUCAAUUGUUUUAUCUAAUUAUCAGUUAAAAAAGAAUUACAAAAUAUAUUUUACCUGGAAACACUUUAGGCCAUUCAAUAAUUAAUGCCCAUUCAAUACAAUGUUCAGGUAAACGUGGAGUAUUAGUAAUAGUACAGAUAGGAUAUGUCUUAUUUUUUAUAUGCAUAUCAAGCGAACAUUCAUAACAAGAACUAAUUGUCGGUAGUAUGACACGUACUUGUCCUCUAAGUCCUUUAAUAUUUUGUAAGCCGAGAUAAUAAUUAUAAUUUUUUCAACCUUCAGUUCCUCCAUCUAUAAAUGGUUUUAAUGAUUUAGGGCAUUUUGGAUCUACCAAAUUAACAAGAGUAGAAUUUAUCCAUCUUCGUGCUUCUAUACUAUCUAAUCCAGAAAUAAUAAUAUCAAAUUGCAUGUAAAAUGAUUCAUCUUUAUCUUGAAUUUUACAAUGAAAUCUAUUUAUAAUAAAUAUUUUUAUAAUAUUUAUUAUAUUAUUAUAUUCUUACGGAGUUAUAUCAACACCUUUGAUACGUUUCAUAAUAUACUUUGCU